UCUAAAUAUGGUUGUAUCAAAAUAUCUCCGACAAACAUGAUGUACAUGGUUGAAACAUGUUCAAGUGAUUACAUUGGGACUGUUUUAGAAGAACAAUGUACGAGCAGAAAUACUGUUCUUGGCCUAUUACCAGCGUCUGACAAUCAAACAGGAAUUCAGUACAGAAACAUAUUUUGCGCACGAUGCAACAAUGUCAAGUUCCCUGUACUGUGGGAGACAAAGCACAGCUGUUUUCGAGAGAUAUUUGACGAGACUGAUUUCCACAGUCCAGGACCAAAUACAUUAUGGAGGGUAAUGAAUUCAUCUUAUUGUUCCGUUGGGUAUAUCCCUCCUUUGAAGAACAACCUACAGCUGAGACCAUGCAUACCAACUAUCUAUACAUGUCCGCAGGGAGCAGAGCAUUCACUCGCCAAACGGUGUGCGAACUCUAACUUAGAC